AUGUACAUGCAAAAUGUAUAUACUGAUAUGAAAAUAACAGAGAAUCAGCAGUUCUUCACCUCUGUCAAUACAGAGAAGAAUGAGAAGGAGAAGAGAAAUAAGAAGAAGCAGACUGUCAGUGUGAAGCUGAAUCAGGUGACUCAGCUGUUCAGUUCAGUUAAAAAGAAACAGAUGACAUUUGUAACUCUGAAGAAUGAAGAGAAGAAUGAUAAAUUAGUAUCAAAUUGA